AUGAGAAAGCUGGAUGUUGAUCCUAAAGCAAAACCAAAAGGUCAACAAAACCAAAAGCCAGGGUCUACCAAAGAUACUUCUGCAAAAUCUUCUGAAAAAUCAGAUGUUGGAAAGAAAAAGGGAAUUGAUGAGACCCUCAAUGUCCAGAUUGAUGAGGAGAUUUUAGCAAAGCAGAAAAGAAAAGACACAGUAGAUAGCAAGGCCUAUAACUGGAAGAAAGAACAGGAGGAAAAAAUGAAAAAAGAAAACAUUGAUACUUCUCAAAGAAGAAAGUCUUUUAGAAAUAAUAGACCACCAAUAGCCACAUUUCCCAAAACAUCUACUACUCCUAAAAAGCCCGCAUCUUCUGCUGCAACCAAACCCAAACCUUCACCUCAAAAACCACCACAAAAGAAGCAUAAAAUAGCUUCACCACCACCAUCUUCCACAAAACCAACAGAUGUUUAUGCAACAAAAGCAUCAACAUAUAUUAGGCCAACAGUUGUUGAGACACCAGUGGUUUCAACAGCUGUUAGCCAAACCACUGCUUCCAUUCAUUUUGACACACCAACACAAUUACCACCAACACCCCAAAAAUUACCUUCACAAUCGUCUUUCUCACCUAAACCACCUUCUCCAUCAAAAACUCCUCCACAUCCCAAAUUUGCCUAUGCAUACAAAAGGAAAUUUGUUGUGUUAGAUGAUGAUAAGGAGAUUCUAUCACCAAUCCCCUUAUCAUCUGCUCCCGCUCAAAUCAUUCCACCCUCAUCAUCUUCACUUACAAGUCCACUUCAUCAUCCACCCAUUGGUUACAUGCCAUCUGCCAUCCCAUUGGCAACUUAA